AUGGAAUGGCAUGUGGAGGUGGGGACUCACGCGUCGAUGGUUGAGGCGGGUGACAACAAAUCAGUCGACCCAUCCACGAUCAUGGUGGAAUUGGAGGAAGUACAAGAGUCUAAUGCGCGCAUUUUACACACGUUUGGGAGUCACCUGGUUUGUGUGUUUGCGGGAGCGACAGGAGGAAUCGGGAGAUCCACUCUGCUCACUUUUGUGAAGUAUUUGAAGCAGCCCCGUAUUUACUUGCUGGCUCGAUCAGAGGAGCGUGCAGAAGAGGUGAUCAAGGAGCUGCAAGAAAUCAACCCUGAUGGCGAAUACUUCUGGAUUCACGUGGAUUUAAGCCUAGUAAAUAUGGUCGAUGUUGCGUGCCGACGGAUCCGGGAGCGGGAAGAAGCCAUCAACGUACUGUUCAUGAGCCAGGGAACGUUGGAUGUGCUAUCUCGGACGAGUGAGGGGAUGCGUCUGAUGUGGGCGCUAUCAUACUUCACGCGAAUGAGAAUGAUCAAUAAUCUGCUUCCACAGUUGCGUCGAGCAGAAGGACUGCGCCGCGUCGUCUGUGUGAUGGCCGGCUCCAAAGAAGACGUCGUGGAUCCGAAUGACGUUGCCGGUCGCAAGAUAGCGAUCCGGCAGGCUAGAGGGCACAUAAGCUCGUGCAUUACCUUUGGCCUCGAACACUUUGCUGCCUUGGCGCCUGAGGUAAGCUUUAUCCACGAUCACCCCGGCACGGUGCCCACUAAGUUGUCACGCAGUUUGCCACCAGGCAUGGCUCCGUUUGCAUCUACAUUUUCACUCGCAUCACCUCCCAAGCUUUCGCUGGAGGAGAGUGGUGAGCGUCAUGUUUUCCUGCUGACAAGUGCACGGUAUCCGGCGGCAUUAGAAGAAAGCAGAGAGAAUGCACGUGGCGUGUCGCUGUCGGCGGGACUGCGUGUAGCUGUCUCUUCUACAGCGCGCGUGGCCGGGGGCGUGUACUCGCUAGAUGGCAUGGGUAUCAGUGCUGGUACGGCGACUGUGGGGAAGCUAGCGAAGAUGCGUGAGCAGGGCAUUCCUACGCUGCUGUGGGAAUGGACAGAGGCAGAAUUCCAGCGUGUGGAAAGACCUAUACCUGAUCCACCCAUACCCAAGGAGCAGCCGAAGCCCGAGAUGAUGCAGCCAGAUGACAUGCUAUUCUUGCCGCGGCCUAUGCCUGAUGGCAAGUACCCUGUGCCUGAUCCUGUGCGGGCGACUCGGCCGCCUGUCACGACGCCUGAGCCUCCUGAGCCAUUAGAACAGCCACACCCCGAAAUGGUGCGCCCAGAUGCAGUCAUGGUCCUCCCUAAUGUACUUCCAGAUGGCAGGUAUCCUAUGCCGGAGCGUGUGCAGCCAACUCGUCCGCCUAUCCCCAGUCCAGAGCCAGAACCAGAGCCAGAGCCAGAGCCAGAGCCAGAGCCUGCAACCACGUCACAGGGCAACGGUGACCCGUCUUCCUCUGCUGAGCCCGAGGCUGCUGAUGAAGAGGCUUCGUCAAAACCGAAAAAGAUGGUGUUUGUCCCUGCUUUUAUACACAAAAUCCAUCCGAAGGCCUUCCGCCCUUUCCGUUCAAAAGAUAGAGCGGCUCAAGCACCAGCUACUGAGGAAGACACUGUCCCGUCCGAACAAAGUGAGACUGUGACGACGGGCGUUGUAGCUGUGCCAGAAGAUCAAGUACCGCUUGUGCAAGGCGCUGGUGCACAGCCAAGUCAGUCCAUUCCACCUGUUUCGGCUGCGCCAGCAUACCAACCUGAUACAACAACUUCUAGUCCUAGAGUGCCCGCUACCACGUCUCUUCCUCAGCAGCAGGAGAGUACUGCACCUUCUGCGACGUCUAAUCCAUCGAACACGAUUCCUGCUCCUGCUCCUAUUCCUGCAAAUGAAUCGGCAUCCCUUCCAACAAAUAUGUCAUCUUCACACCCCAUCGCGGCCGCAGCAACCCAACAGCCUGCAACCGUAUCUAUGGUGGCGCAAGCACCUUACUUGACUCAGUCUGAGCCGGAUGCACUGAGCUCAUCUGGCCCUGUGGCCGUGUCCUCUGGACCUACCUCCGAUCCCUCAGCGCAUGUGGCGGGAGCAGAAUCUAUGCCCGUCUACAUGGCUCCCGUGGCUUCGGGGCCAUCCGCAUUACAGCCAACGGUACCAACAACAGCAGGGCAUGCGUCGUCGUCAACCCAAGCACAUGCCAUGCCUUUUGUGCCCAUGACCGGUCAGUCAGCGGCAUCUGCAGCUGAUAGUGCGCCGACAGCCCAAGACAUCAUUUCGUCGUACCAAGACUAA